AUGGCGGCUCCGCAGAGAGGCAGGGACUACAGAGGAUUCGUCCUGCUCUCCAUUCUCCUGGGGACACUGUGGGAAGGCUGGGCAGGCCAUAUUCGCUAUUCCGUGCCAGAGGAGACCGAGAAAGGGUCUUUUGUGGGGAACAUCGCCAAAGACCUGGGACUAGAGCCCCGGGAGCUGGCGGAGCGCGGAGUCCGCAUCGUCUCUAGAGGUAGGACGCAGCUUUUCUCUCUGAACCCGCGAAGCGGCAGCCUGAUCACAGAGGGCAGGAUAGACCGGGAGGAGCUCUGCGCUCAAAGCGCGCGGUGUCUGGUGAAUUUUAACAUCCUGAUGGAAGAUAAAAUGAAUCUUUUCCCUGUUGAAGUGGAAAUAAUGGAUGUUAAUGACAAUGCUCCAAGAUUCUUGACGAAAGAAAUGAACGUAAAAAUAAUGGAGAAUACAGCUCCUGGGGUGCGCUUUCCGUUAAACGAGGCUAGAGAUCCGGAUGUGGGCACGAACUCUCUCCAGAGCUACCAUCUCAGCCCCAAUCACCACUUCUCCCUUGUAGUGCAAACUGGAGACGACGGAACCAAGUACCCGGAACUGGUGCUGGAGCAGGUACUGGAUCGGGAGGAAAAGGCGGUUCACCAUCUCCUGCUCACGGCCUCUGACGGAGGUGAUCCACUCAGAUCAGGCACGGCACGCAUCCAAGUGACAGUGGUGGAUGUGAAUGACCACGCACCAGUUUUUCCUCUGGCCCAGUAUCGAGUUACCGUCGCUGAGAACACGCCGGUGGGCACAACAUUGCUCACUGUGAAUGCUGUAGACCCGGAUGACGGAAUCAAUGGGGAAGUGACAUAUUCUUUUCAGAAAAUAACUCAAAAAAUUCUACAAAUAUUCCAACUGAACUCCCUUACAGGAGAACUUUCAACUUUACAAGGCCUAGAUUACGAAGAAUCCAGCUUCUUUGAAAUGGAAGUUCAGGCUCAGGAUGGUCCUGGUAGUCUGACAAGGACAAAAGUGCUGAUCACAAUUUUGGAUGUGAAUGACAAUGCUCCAGAAGUGACUGUAACGUCUGUGAGCAAUUCAGUCCCUGAAGACACACUUCCUGGGACAGUAAUUGCUCUUUUCUACCUGCAGGACCGAGAUUCCGGGAGGAAUGGGGAGGUAGCCUGCACCAUUCCAGAAAAUCUGCCUUUUAAAUUAGAAAGAUCAAUUGACAAUUAUUAUAGAUUGGUGACAGCGGAAAACCUGGACCGGGAAAGACUCUCUGUCUAUAACAUCACAGUGAAAGCCACAGAUGGCGGAACCCCUCCCCUGUCCACGGAAACUCACAUCUCUAUACAGGUGACAGACACCAACGACAACCCGCCCACCUUCUCCCACUUAUCCUACUCGGUCUUCGUCCCUGAGAACAACCCCAGAGGGGCCUCCAUCUUCUCAGUGACCGCCCAUGACCCGGAUAGCGACAAGAAUGCCCAGGUUAUUUACUCCUUGGCUGAAGACACCCUACAGGGGGCGCCCGUGACCUCCUAUAUCUCUAUCAACUCUGACACUGGCGUCCUGUACGCGCUGCAAUCCUUUGACUAUGAGCAGUUUCGAAAGCUGCAAUUUAGAGUGACGGCGCGUGACAGCGGUGACCCACCACUCAGCAGCAACGUGUCACUAAGCCUGUUCAUUCUGGACAAGAAUGACAAUGCGCCGGAGAUCCUGUACCCCGCUCUUCCCACGGACGAUUCCACCGGCAUGGAGUUGGCUCCCCGCUCCGCAGAGCCUGGCUACCUGGUGACCAAGGUAGUGGCAGUAGACCGCGACUCAGGGCAGAACGCCUGGCUAUCAUACCGCCUGCUCAAAGCCAGCGAGCCAGGGCUCUUUGCGGUGGGGGUGCACACGGGCGAGGUGCGAACGGCGCGGGUCUUGCAGGAGAGGGAUGCCCUCAAACAGAGCCUCGUGGUGGCCGUGCAGGACCAUGGCCAGCCUCCUCUCUCAGCCACUGUCACGCUUACCGUGGCUGUGGCUGACAGCAUCCCCGAAGUCCUGGCCGACCUGAGUAGCUUAGCAUCUCCCACUGACCGAGACGACUCUGGCCUGACACUGUACCUGGUGGUGGCUGUGGCAGCUGUCUCUUGUGUGUUCCUCGCCUUUGUCAUCGUGCUGUUGGCGCUCAGGCUGAGGCGCUGGCACACGUCCCGCCUGCUCCAGGCUUCGGGGGUCGGGUUGGUGGGUACAUCCGCCUCGCACUUUGUAGGCGUGGACGGAAUGCGAGCUUUCCUGCAGACUUACUCCCAUGAGGUCUCCCUCACCGCGGACUCUCGGAAGAGUCACUUGAUCUUCCCCCAACCUAACUACGCAGACACACUCAUCAGCCAAGAGAGCUGUGAGAAAAACGAUCCCUUAUUAACAUCCAUAGAUUUUCAUGAAUGUAAGGAUGAAGCACCAAAUACUCAGUUGGAGUCCUGA